UGAAGCAAUGUGAAAAUGUCUACAACUGAGGUGAAACUAUUUGGCUGCCUGCUGCAGCUGCUCUGUCUGGUCGCCAUAGCCAAGGCAACCUGUAAUGUGUGCAAUCCGGUCAACAACAUGGCCUGCUAUUCGUCUAGCCAAUUUCAAGCUUGUGAUGCAAAUGGUUUGCCCUCUCGCCUACCCACCAGCUGUCCCGCCGGCUACUCGUGCGUGAGUGGUGCGAGUGGUGUGCUCUGCCUGCCGAAUAACAGCACCACCAUAGCCGACUGCCAGGACUGCAACAAGUGCGAUGCUAACCUGACCUUUGCCUGCACCUCGACUAGCACCUUUGCCCUCUGUCUGGGCACGACCACGCCCCAGAAUUCAAGUGGCAGCUGUGCGGCCGGCUAUGUGUGCAACAUGAAUGCCACGCAGAUCUGUGGACUGGAGACGCAGGUGAUGCCCACCUGCUCAUAUGCAGAUGAUCCCACAACAACAACAACCACCACAACAACGACAACGACAACGACAACACCGGCGACAACAGCAGCGACAACAACAACCGCACCUGCUACGCCCUCGCCGGAAAAUCCCAACACCUACUGCUCGACUAUCCGAGCCCAGGGCUACUAUCCAGCAGGCGAUUACGCGGAGACAACUUGUAGGCAGUACAUCUAUUGCUACCUGUCAGGUGGCGUUUGGCGAGGACAAAGAUACAAAUGCCCAAGCCGUACGUACUUCAGCCCAACGAUGCGAACGUGCGUUACCGCAAUGCCUGCGAACUGCUAUACACCCACCUUCACCACCACAACCACCACCGUGGCUCCAACCACUAGCAAUCCGGACGCCUAUUGUGCCAAGAUGCAGGUCCAGGACACUUUUCCCGUUGGCACCAUUGCCAGCAGCACUUGUCGCCAGUACGUCAGCUGCUUCCGGCUGGGCAACAACUGGCUGGGCCAGCUGUACACCUGUCCGGGCAACACCUACUACAGCAGUGCCACCAAGAAGUGCGUAACAGCGCUGCCCGCCACCUGUACGAGUGGCAUAGCUAGCCUAAGUCUAAACGGUGUAGACCUGGAGUAA